UUUAAUAAAGAUAGACUGUACUUACUUAAAAUCUGUCAUCAGUGUUACAAUACAAUAUUUUCUGAAAAUUUCUCAUUUUUCGUCUGGCUUUAAACUUAUAACUGAUUAAAUCAUAAAGUAAGAAAAAUGUUAAGAUUUCGUCCCAAGUUGGGAACAGAACGCAGUAAGGAGUGGCGUUGCUGCUUUUGUCUCCAUGUCCGCACUGGAACCAUAUUACUCGGCACAUGGCAUUUGCUGCUACACCUGAUAGCCCUAGGUUUCGUAGCAGCUAUUGUGCGUGACCCAAGUCUACUGGAUGAGUUGGAACGUGAUACAGCUCCGGUUGCCGACUGGAGCGACAUAGGGGCCGCUAUGCCUACUCCUCUGUCUAACAUCGAGACUCGCCCAAGCCCCUACCCACAACAUGGACCACACCCAAGAGAUCACAGUCUUAUAUAUCAUGAUGUGGAUGUGGGUGCGAUGGUUACAGUGUGUACACUGGCCAUCACACUUAUGCUGAUAUAUGGAGCUUCACGCGGCAAGCCUGCUCAUCUGCUGCCAUUCUUCUGCCUACAAAUAUUUGACUUUGCCAUCACAGUCCUGACCGCGACCGGCUACUUGUGCUACUUGCGCUCCAUCCACCGCCUGGUGGCGGAGGCGCGUCGCGUGCCGUGGCGCGAGCAGCUGCUGUCGCUGCCCGCUCCGGCACUCGCACUCGUCGUGCUCGCCACCUUCCUGUUCGCCGUGUUACUCAAGGGCUAUUGCAUCAGCGUGGUGUGGCGGUGCUACAAGUACCUGACGAUGCGCACGCACGCGCUGCACAGCCUGACGCCGUUCGUGAUCUCGAGCUCGGGCGCACUGUCGCCGGGCGCGCCGGCCGCGCCGCCCGCACCCGCUUACUCCAGCCUGCUGCCCGACUACGAGGAGGCCGUUAAGCAGACCCCGCCGCCUUCCUACCGCGCCGCCACUCUCAUGGCGGCGGCCGACCCCGUCGCUGCUCCUCCCCCGUCCACAGAGCAGAAUCAACCUCUGUCCACUAACACCGUGGUGAUGCUUCCCCAGCAAGGCACACAAGCACGUGUCUGAAUCUCUUUGCCUUCUUCAAUCUAUGUUCUGUCUGUAGAUGAUUAAGCUGCAACUACACUACGAAUUGCACGAUGAUAUAUUAAUAAACCCUUCAUUUUCAUAGGCUUCUAAGAGUAUUAUAUUCAAUGUGAAUGAGCGACAGCCUAAAAAUAUGUAUGGGUGGAAAUUACACACAUUUGUUACUAAUAUGAAUGAAUUAUUUAUCAUGUCAUUUAUAGUGUAGUAAUAACUUAAUUUGUAAUUUUUUUUCUUAUUUCAUUAUUUCUUCAUUUAUUUAAGUAUAUUAAGUAAUUCCAUAGGGCUUUAUUGUAUCAAGAUAGUAAUUUUUUUUCUCUUUAUUAAGCUUUGAAAUUUUACGUUUUUUAUAUCUGUCGAAACACUAAAAUCUUAUCUUACUAGUACAUGCAAAACGACAACAGCAUGAUAAUAUAUUACAAUUUAUUGAUAACUAACGAAUUAUUGAAUUUUGACACUUUCAAAUCAGUUGAAAUAUUUUUCUGUAUUAGUUUUCAUUAUUAUAAUUUGGACUUUGAGAAUUAGUUUAUAAGAAUUUUAUUAUACAAAUAGGGCACUUAGAAUUUUUGUUAAAUCUAAUGUUUUCAAAAUAGAUAAACUUGAGUUCGAAGUGAGUUCGAAAGAGAUGUUUUAAGAUAUCAUUGGGUUUUUUUUACACAAUAUAUCAUACAAAUUUUACAAUUUCAAAAUUUGCUGUAAGUCUUCAUUUAAUUGAAUGAGAAUAAUUCUAGUUUCAUUUCAUUUGAAAUCUAACGCGUAACUAUUGUAUAUACUAUGUUGCUAUAUGACAUAUACUAGUGAAAUAAGAUCAUAUGACAGUUCUCCGCACGUUUGCAAAGUAUUUUAUAAUUAAAUAUUUAAUUUAAAUUAUGACACUUCUUAUCUUAUUUUAAACUAAAACUUUUAUAGUAGUGCCAUUUGUUUUUUUUUUUUUGGAAUUUGUUUUCAUGCUUCCGGAUUAUUACAAUUAAACUGAUAAAUAUAAAUAAAUCAAUAACCACAUUCCACAUAAAAAAAUAUUUUAUUAAUUUACCUAAAGAAAAAAAAAAUUCAAAUCAUAUUGUCGAAAAUAAAAGCAUAACAUUUUAUAAAGGAAAAUAAAUAUAGAAAAGUUUUCAUCUUAAAGUCAAUUUUAGCGAAUCUGACGUGCCGUCCGGUCCAGCUUAAGUUAAACUUUUUUAAAGUAAAUUGAAUUUUUAUUUGAUAUUUUAUAUAGAUUUAUUUUAAUAUUAGUGUUAAUUUAUACAACAAAAGUUCAUGUUUUGUUUUUUUAAAGCGUUGUAAAAAUAUUUAAUAUUCCAAAUUUGAAGAGCUAAGACAAUCAAAAUUAAACAACCUAAAAACUGGUGGUGUUAAUAGUCUCAUUUCAUAAAAAUAGCACUUUAUGCAAAACUUAUUAUAAUCUGUAGUUACCUCGUACAUUAUAUGUAUGAAUUUGUAUGGGAUUAAAAUUUUGUGUUGAGCGGAGUUUCAAUCGAAUUCGUUCAAAAACGAGCCGUCGUAUUAGUCGACAAAGUGACAUACUAAAGAUCAGGGAUAUGUUCCCUGAUUUUUAGUAUAUAUAAUCGAAACGGCCUACAUGUACAAAAUUUACGUGGUUUGUAAAAAAAUAUCUAAAAUUAACAUUCGAUGACUAACGUACUUAUGUAUUGUAGGUAAUUAGCUAAACAAUGAUGGAAUAUAAGAAAUUAUUUACGAAGAAAUCUAUAUUCUGUUUACAUGUGUGCCAGUAAGCAUUUUAUAAGUUAUUUUUGUGCUACGAAAUCUUAUAUAUGUUUAAAUAAAACUUUUUAAAAAUCGUGUUGUUAGGGUAGUACGUUGAAAAACAAAACAAGUUGGUGUGUAAUCGUAAUAUUAAUAAGCACUAAAUUAGCGACGAAUGUGCGAUAUAUUUUAUUCUGAAAUAAAUAAAACAGACUGCAUUU